AUGAUGUCGAUGUUUGUGGUUCAAAUCGAUGGAUGUCAAGGAUCAUCGGGUGGAUGUUGUCAACGACAGCCGCCACCAACUGUGGUGAGUUCAACUAAAUCCCAACUUUGAACCCAAAAAAUCUACCAGGUUCAAUGCGGUGGUCAACAAGGUUGUCAACAAGGUUACGGUUGCGGACAAUAUGGUUGCGCGAAGCGAAAAGCUUUUGCUGGCUUGACUCAUCGAAUCGACGGAGUUCUCGUGGACAACAAUCAAGAAGAACAAGCUCAUUUGGCUGAUGCAAGUCAAGCACUUCGAGCUGAACAAGUUCAUCGACAAAAUAUAUCAAUGGAAAGAUUGAUGAAUCCGAAUUUCAUAUUUCAUUCUUGCUGUGAAGCUAGAGGUUUACCUGAUUCGUGUUUGAAACAUUGCCAUUUUAACACUUAUAAUUCAGAUGUGGUGGGUUAGAAGGGAAAGUGGAACUGGGGGAGUACUGAUUUGAGAAAUUGCAGCUCGAGUCAAUGUUCCAUAAAACCGACGAAUGUCCAAUUGAGGCAAUUAAUGAAAUACAUUAUUGUGCAGCUCAAGGAAUAGAUCACAGUCCGGUAAGAUAUUGGGCUCAACUAGGUUUCAUCGGAAACUGGAAGCUUCGGAAUUCCGAUUCCGAAUAGCCCUGGACUCAACUAAACCGAAUGUGACCCGAAACUCCCAACACAUUCCUGAACCCAAAUAAAUUUCAGUGUUGUGCCACAUCAGGUGUCAGUGAUACUUCAGCUGGCGAUAAAUGUCUCGCUUUCUGCGAUCAACGACCAAAUCAGUAAGAGGCAUACCGUACUUCUCUCUCUCUCUCUAAAUUCUAAUUUUUCUUCUUCUAGAUUCACACCAAUCGAUAUUUCAUAUCUUCCAUGUUUGGAUGUUUUUGAGGACAUGAAAAAGUGCUUCUUCUUCGAGAUCAAGUAAUUUUCCAUUUUUCAAAAGUUUUCAGAUUGAAACUAAACAUUUUCAGACGGCGAGCGCAGAAAAAAUUCGGAUCAAAAUCAAUGUUGUCUUCUGCUUCCAAUGGCGAAGGUGGAUUUUUCUAA